AGGCUUUCGGAAAGACAGUUGUAUUGCAUCAAACCACUGUCUGACCCUCCUCCAGCGGGUUUCUGAAUGUUCUAUUUUCCUUUCGGACCAUGUUACCGUAGAUUGGAAGCUGAUAGAGCCACCCGAGCCAUAUUUGGCAGCAAAGAAAACAUGAUUUCAAACGCAUCUGUCAGACGUUGCUGAGGUAAUGCCCAGGCCCGGUUGCCCAGCAGGGCUUCCAACCUCGUCUACUUGCAGCUUGACUCCAUCAGCACCGCCCAUUCGGCUUGAUGACACGCACUGCGGCGAUUGCCCGGGGCCAUCUGGCGGUGAACAAACACCUCGUUUGACCACCGUUUGCGAUAAAAGCGGGCCUUUCGGGCACUGGAGCACCGUCCUCCGGUGCCGUGCCUUCCUCCGUCGACUCACGACUCUGACUCCUUCCAAGUUUCCUCCAAGAAGAAGUACGUACAUCGUUCGCUUACCUAAUGGAGGCAGGUACCUUCGGGAGAUGCCCAGGGCCUGCGAGGACCCUCCCAGCAGCGAGCACAACAAGCGCAGCAAAGUUGAGCUGUCACCGUCUGACCAGAAGCGUACCGUCUCCCUGCUAGCCCAACCACCCCUCCCUCCUCCAACUCUCUCUCAACCCAAACCGUUUCCCAUCGAUUUUUACUCCCGGCACUCAUCCAAUUCGAUGCCCAACCUCUCAUCCGUCAUAAGUCUACGGAUAGAAGCAGCCCAUGGAACGAAAGAAGAGAAAUACAGCCAAGUAUUGAAGCCCAACGGCGAUACAACGAUGAUGGCGACCAAGUAGUACAGAUGACCAACUAAACGUAUUUCGUGGCCUGGUCUGGCCUCGCCAUGAUAUCAGACCUACCCGUCCACAGCCAAAGAGACGUCGCCAGCAAAGUCAUGGGUGCGUCGUGCCCCGGGUCGAUAUGCCAUACGAGGCUAGCCAACUUUUGCCCGUGCCCAUCAGCUAUUAUUCGAGCUUUCCGCCGGGAACGCGCAAAGACACUGGCAGGCCGCAGGCCGCAGAACAGACGGCGCCACAUGGUCGU